AUGGAAAACCCGGGAAUUCAAUCCUCGGAUCUCCCCCAUUCACUCCAGCUUGACUCGCUCUCAGGAGUUGCUGAGGAUGCAUCCACAUUGGCAGCAGCACAAGCACAAGCACAACAACACCAACAUGAGAUACAAGAACAUGUCCCGAGUGCUGAGUCCACCGACGCACAGUCUUUGCAUCCUCUACAAACCGCCAUUGAAACUUUAGACCCAUAUUCAAUCCAGCAACAUGAGGGGCCAAAUGAAGCCCGAUCAUUCCGAGAACCAUACAACAACAACAACAACAACAACCUACUUCCUCGCGACGAUUCCCAUUCUCUGCACAUGCAGCCACAGUGCAAUACCUUCUCCGAGGCCUCGAUCUUUUCACCCAAACAGGGCGGUUACCUCCGAGACAUGCCAUCUGUCUUGGAUCCGCCUGAUCUGGACCUGUGGAGAGAGAGGCUGUUUAAUGUGGAUGAGACGAUCGUGCUAAGCGAAGAGCAAUUCCUGGCUUAUUUCCCGCAUGUGGAUAACAUCUACUCGCACCGUUCUACGCAGCAUUACAAACGCAAGCCGCUCAUAUCACAUUACUGGGACUGUCGAUUGAAAGGUCGUCCGCCCGGGACUCCUAAGUCCGAUGAUCCGAACAAGAAGAAGCGGAAACGAACAGCGCGCCAACGGGAUCUCUGCGAUGUGAAGAUCAAGAUCACGGAGUACUUCCCCGGGUAUAGCCCCAUGAUGAUCGCGGAAGGCGCCGCCAAUGACGCUGCGGCGGCUCUGGGCGCCGAGUCACUGUCCAGCGGAGAUGUAGUGUUUCCUCCACCUGAGGAUCCGGAACCUCGAGAUCGCCAGCCAUUUGGUGUGCUGACGCCUAAUCCGCCAUUGCCUGAGGGACAUCCUGGGGCCAAUGGACAGCGGUUCUUUACCAUCCAGCGGGUUAACGGGAAUGGUGCCAAUGGGAAGAAUGACGGGGUAAGUGGUGGGCAUCGGCAUACAUUAGAAGAGAGUGAUCGGGUGAAGAAGAAUAGUGUUCAGCGGUAUCUGCUGAAGGAGGCGAGAGAGAAAAAGAAGGCAAGUUCGAGCAGGACAAUGUCUACCCAAAACCAACCUCCGCAGAAGACCUAUCACACAAAAGCCACCGGCUUGGCUGCCGUGACGGUGUCCAAUCAUUCCAGUGAGAAUGAAUUGAAAUUGUACGGCAGCUGUUUUUGUCCCUUCGUGCAGCGUGUAUGGAUAGCGUUGGAGGCCAAGGGCAUUCCUUACCAGUAUAUCGAAGUAGAUCCCUACAAAAAGCCUCAGUCCCUAUUGGAACUUGAAGACUUGAACACUGGCCCACCUCUGCUCCCGCCAGGGGAUGCGAAAUUGCGAGCCCAUUGCCGACUCUGGGCAGACUUUAUCAACCGCAACAUAGUGCCAAAUUUCUACCGUGUCCUUCAGGAACAGGCUGAGCAGAAGCAAAUUUCAAAUGCGCAAGAACUAAAGGAUGCAUUCGCUACGCUAGUGAAUGCCGCCGACACACAAGGGCCAUUCUUCCUGGGACCUAAUAUGUCCUUUGUGGAUAUCCAGGUGGCUCCCUGGAUCAUUCGAUUGAACCGCGUCUUGAAGCCCUACCGCGGUUGGCCGGACGCCGAUGCAGGGAGUCGAUGGGGCGCCUGGGUCAACGCGAUCGAAGCUAAUGAGCACGUCAAAGCGACGACAAGUGACGAUGAGCUCUAUUUUGACAGUUACGAACGAUAUGCCCAAAACCGCCCCAACACUUCUCUGCUGGCGAAUGCGAUCAAUUCUGGAAGAGCUCUUCCAUGA